CAUCAAUGGCCCAUUCCAGUACCUUAAUCUUCCUAUCAAAUUAUAAGUCUACUAGGACAUUGUUCUACCCGGCCUCAUCCUUCGGAUCAUGGCUCCGUCAUUAGAUCAUGAGGAUGGCCGUAACUUCCGCGUCUGUCCCGCGGGAGGAGGACCAGAAGCUCGAGGAAAAGAGAGACAGUUCGACAGACAGGGAGGCCGGUAUCCCCACCACGGAAUAAGUACGCAAACUAGACCGUGCAGUUCGGUGGAAGCGCGACGUAUUAAUCAUACCAAUCAUGGGGAUCCUAUAUAUGCUGCUAUUCUUAGAUCGAACGAAUAUGGCAAACGUACGAAGUCUGGGUAUUGGAUAGCCGAACCGGUUGGAAAUGGCCCUGGAUAUGCCAUCUGAUGGAUACAAUACGGCACUGUGGAUAUUCUAUAUUCCUUUCGUACUGGCCGAGGUCUCGGCGAACUUGAUUCUAAAUCUGAACACGAUACGCCCUGGUAUUGGUGGACAGGUGUUCCUCUUAGGCGUCCUCGGCGUGUGUCAGGGUCUAGCUAGAAGCUAUGAUGGUCUGCUCACAGUCCGUUUCCUGCUGGGUGUCUUUGAGUCCUCUCUUCCGGCUAGUGCGACUUAUAUGAUCUCGAUGUACUACACAAGACCCGAGGUAGCUGUUCGCUUUGCCUGGUUUUUCAAUUCCCUCAGGAUGCGCAAUCUUGGUUUCUAUCAACUCAGAAGCGCAAUCAUCUCGUACAUCUUUCUUGAGGCAUCUCGCGGCGCUGAAGCUAAGGGCUCAGCUGCGGAUAGUGUUCCUAUCUGUAAGGUCCUCGUUGAUUGGAGAAUCUGCAUUCUAACACUAUGUUUUUUCUGCGCCAACGUAAAGGCAUCCUCGAUAGCUUCUUUCUCGCCGACAAUCUUCAUCGAGCUCGGCUGGACGGCAACUACCGUACAACUUAUGAUGAUGCCUGUAUGGGUAACUGGUAGCGUCUCUACUUUUGCUAUUACUUGGCUUGCUUCGCGUCUCGAUAUGCGCAUGUCCUUCCUUCUUAUUUGUAUAUGCUUACAGGCUAUCGGAUGGAGUAUCAUGGUAGCUUAUGUUCCAGAAGCUGGGGUACGAUAUCUCGCGCUUUUCUUUAUGGCAGCGGGAACUUUCCCACAGAUGUCUAUCUUAAUGGGAUGGCUCAGUGCCAACUUGCGCGGCCGCAAGUAUCUUGCCGUCGGUAUGGCCUGGAUGUCCGGGUUUGCCAACUGUGCCAAUUUCAUUAGCUCGAAUGUCUUUAUCACUACCGAGCGUCCGCGGUAUCCUACCGGUUUUUCCAUAGGUCUCGCCUUCACGAUAUUGGGGUUCAUACUAACUUGUGCCGCGUUUGUAUUAUUGAUACUUAGCAAUAAGAGGCGGGAUAAAACUCGCGAACAAAUGACGGAUGACCAGUGCCAGAACGACGACAAGCUACAUUUCCAGUAUCUGUAUUGAAUAUAUACGAAGGAGAUUCCUUGGCUACCGAGCUAGGUCAAACUAAUCCAAAUAACUAAUAUCAGAGUAGUCUACCAAGGUAGGUUAAGAUAUAUAUAGGUACCUA